AUGAUUUUUGAGUCUCUCACUGCGGAAUGUCCUCUCUUCUUUUGAAGAGAGUGGAGGCUUUAACUCGGUAAAUCACCACUUCUUCACUCGGGCAGAUUGCCUCUCAAGACACUCUCUCCCCUGCCGACUCUCCGGGCGGAGAAACGUUGCUGCGGCUGCUGCAAAAUGAGGGCUCUGCGUUUGAACUUUGCCAUCACCUGUCUGUGGCUUCUGCCUUCAGCGGUCCAAGAAACAGCCAAGCCCUUGGACUUUCAGAGCCAACAAUGGAUGGAGGAGGAAGGAGGAACAGGAGACGCCGUGGUAGCUGCACUGAAGGUUAAACAUAUCUCCAAAGAUUUACAGAUCAUCUCCACCAAACACAAAACACCUGCUUAUGGCUCGCUCGGCCCGUACGGAUGGCCACAGAACUUCUCCCAAGCCCAGGAUCAGUAUCUGUACCACCCUCCUCCCAAAUCCAAAUCUCCUGCUAAAACAUCCCCAAAGGCCAAGAAGAUCCUGGGCUGGGGUGAUUUUUACUUCAACGUGAAAACAGUGAAGUUCAGCCUCCUGGUGACGGGCAAAAUCGUGGACCACAUCAACGGGACUUUCAGCGUCUACUUCCGCCACAAUUCCUCCCAUCUGGGGAACAUAUCCGUCAGCAUCGUCCCACCCUCCAAAGCCGUGGGAUGGGAAGUUCUGGAUCCUGCAACUCAGAGCGCUCACGUCAAAAACUCAGUCCUGGUUCCGGACAUGAUGUCUCAGUUCCAGAGCCCCACGCAGUCCACCAGCUCCACCCCUCACGGCCAGCAGAAGCAGCAGCAGGACAUGAUGAUGGUGACCGAGCAAAACUGCCGGAUCGAGUACCAGAGAACCAACCGGUCCAAGAAGACCAAGCCCUGCAUGUACGACCCGGGGCAGACCUGCUACUCAGAAAACACCCAGUCCCAGGCAGCCUGGAUCUGUGCCAAACCCUUUAAGGUUAUAUGCAUCUUUAUCGCCUUCACUGGCACCGAUUACAGGCUGGUGCAGAAAAUUUGUCCAGACCACAACUUUCAGACAGAGCACAACCAACAGCACUUUGGAUGAUGGAUCAGCGAGGCUGACAAUGAGACGUCAAACACUGACUUUUCAUACAUCCUUCAAAAUCACGAGUUCAGUUUUCAAAAUAGGUUUGAGAUUGACUGUUUUUCUACGCCGUUAAAAACACAUUGUCAACAUAUCACUCUGAGUGCAGUUUGAUUCAAAACUUGUGAUAAUGUGUUAAUAGCAGAAUGUGUUUAUGAUGAGUUUUAGAAUGUGAGCUUUGUGCUGUCUGAAACCAAACCCAUCCAAUGAAAAGCUCCAUGUUGUGACUUGAUUCAUGAUAUAACUUUAUGUGUAGUGUUGUAUGAAUUUUGUUUUCUGAAAAUGCAUUAAUAGACGUGAAGACUUUAAAUCCAAAAUGUGAUUUUUUGGCUCAUUAAUAAAACAA